AUGAACCGCCAUGUUACCCCCCGUCUCCAACGGGAACACGUCCACUGCCCCAUCACCGCGCUAGCAUUCUCCAGGUGGUCGGGCGCCAGCAGCAGCAGCAGCGGACCAGCCUACGUCCUCUCAGGCGAAGACACCCACCUGAAAACAUACGAUGCCGAGACCCAGCAGCUGCGCGCCUCGGUGCGCGUCUUUGCCGCGCAGCCUAUCCAGGGCAUCUCGUCAUCCCCCGCCGGCGAGGCAUCGUCGAGGGAUGUGCUCGUCUGGGGAGGCCCGCUCGUGACGGUCCUGCCGGCGUCUAUGCUCGCGGACCUGGUCCGUGAUGAGGAAGACGACGGGGGCCGCUGUGCUGCAGAACAUCACGCCGUGCCAGACCGGAAUGUGCUGCGGGCGCCGGACUGGAUCUACCACGGCGCCGUUUCUCCUUGCGACCCCGGGCUGGCCGCGGUCGUGACGGCGCACAACGAGGUCAUACCACUGCUGCGCACCGGAGGCCCUUCGGGCGGCGGCUGGCGCUUCGGGAGGCUGAGGUCGCCCCCGUCCCGGCCGAUCCUGUACUCGGCGCAGGUCAGGUGGACUCGCCGGGGCGAGCUCCUCGUCGCAGCGGGGACCGUGUUCGGGGAGAUCAUCGUGUGGAAGUGCCGUGUUGCCGAUGAUGGCGGCGGCGAAGAUGACCAACCCGGCGAGGCGUCGGUCGAGGUCCUGCACGUCUUCACCGGCCACGAGGGCUCCAUCUUCGGCGUGGAUUUUUCACCCGAGGUCGUGAUCGACCCGAGGACCAGGCAGGUGUCGCGGCUGCUGGUGAGCUGCAGCGACGACCGGACGAUACGGGUGUGGAAUGUUCUUGAUGCGGGCUCGGGCCGGGAGAAGAGGCUGGCAGAUCCCGCAUUCACCGAGGCGAGGGAGACGGGCUUUGGGGAGAAUUCGACGGAGCUUGAGGCCAUGGCGAAUCAUCACUCCGCGAAGGCCCUGGCGGUGGCCAUGGGACAUGUCUCGAGGAUAUGGAGCGUGCGGGUUUCACCUCAGAGCGUGAAAUAUUCUUCGGAAGAGACAGUGCAGAGUUUGGCAUUAUAUUCGUUCGGCGAAGACGCCACUGCGCAGAAGUGGAGGCUAGAAUUUAAUGGGAUGAGCGGGAUCACAACAUCAAGUGAACACAACACAGCUCUGACGGCCAGUCUCACCCACGAGGCGACAUUCCACCAUCACGAUGGAAAACAUAUCUGGUCGAGCGCUCUGCAUUUCCCAGCGCCGUCGUCACCAGGAAAAGAACUUCUUGCCACAGGCGGCAGCGAUGGCAAAAUCCAGCUCAUUGAGGAGAGUCUAGCACGGUCUGGAGGGGAUGCAGGCUCUUCUGUGUUGAAUACUGACCCCCUGACACUCUCGAGCACGCACUCGGCCGACAAGAUGGACUCGCCCGCUCAUCAACCGGCGGACAGCGGUCUUGCAGAGAGCGAACCACUUCAAAUGUACGGACUGCUGUCGGAAAAGUCUGUCGUUGCGACAACAGCAUCGGGGCGCAUCCUGACUGGCUCCAUGGAUGCAUCUGGAGUGUCUUGGAAGGAAGUCUCGGUGCCAAAAACAAUACGGGAUGACCUACGGAAAUACCAGAUCGUCCGCAGCGCAGGCCCGGACGUGACUCUCAUCGGAUCUCCCAGUGGACAGCUUUACAUCUAUGGCAACGACAUCAUUCGGCCGGUGGUGAAACUGCCGAGGAAAAUAGCGCAAAUCUUUAUUCUCCCCCUGGAAGAUUUUCGUGGGCUUGGGUUCUGCGAGGCAGUGCCCGGUCAGGUUCCCAUCAUUGCGACGACUAUGGGGAGCCCAGAAGUAAGACUAGUGUUGUUGGAUCCUGCCACUGAAGACGUUGUUCUGCACGAAGCUUCCAUAGAGCUAGAGAAGGGCUUCAUACCGACGGCAGCCGGUACCUGCCAAGAUAUUCUAAUAUUUGGAUCUCGCAUCGGUGCACUCUCACUGCAUAGGCUGGAUCAAAGCGGAGGAGGCUUCAGACAAGUCGCACACGCCAGCCGCCCUGGCUCGAAAGACGCAGUCUCCGGCAUCGUCCCUUUACCUGCGAAGCCUGGCCUGCCCUGUCCCUACUUCUUGACGACUUCCCGUGAUGGCCGCUACAGGAUCUACGAGACGGGCACGCAGGCCUGCGGGUCUGACGACGCCGUCCCCCUCCACCUCCGCCACGAGGCCAUCCCGCCGCUGGGACCCAUCAUCGAAAGCGGCUUCUUCACCACCACGACCGCCGACCCGGGCUCGAAGCCACACCUCAUCCUCUGCGGCUUCCGCAGCAGGGAGUUCGUCGUCUGGAACGAGACGACGCAGCAGGAGCUCGCCAGCGUCGAGUGCGGCGGCGGGCACCGCGCCUUCACCUACCACGUCGACCCGGCCUCACCGGGGAGGCUCUCCUUCAUCUGGACAAAGGCGUCGCGCACCUGCGUCUACUCGCAAGACGGUGUGACGAAGCGCUCGCUCAAGCCGGGCGGCCACGGGAGGGAGAUCAAGGCCGCGGCGACGUCGGCGCAGGGUGGGUUCCUCGCGACGGGCGGGGAGGACACCAACAUCCGGAUAUGGCGGGUCCACGGCGACGGCCAGGGCGGCGGAGGCGCAGAGAAAGGGGCAGGCCUGAGCUGCCUCGCCGUCGUGGAGAGGCACACGGCCGGCAUCCAGUGCCUGCGGUGGGCCGGCGGGAACUAUCUGGUCAGCAGCAGCGGGGGCGAGGAGCUUUUUGUCUGGCGGGUCGCGUGGCUUGGGCGCUCGGCAUACGAUGGCAUCGCGGUGGUAUGUGAGGGGGUCUACCCUGACAAGACGCGCGACGGAGACCUGCGGAUAAUGAGCUUCGACGUGCAGCUCAUGAACCCCGUUCGUGAGGCGGAGGACAAGGGUGAAGAGGUCCUCUGCCUGUCACUGGUCUUGUCCAACUCGACACUCAAGACAUAUUGGUACUCCAGGGACGAGGGCUUCACACUCCUGGCCCAGGGCCGGUACACGGGCGCCUGCCUGAUGCAGAUCCGGCAUCUCAGCGUCCAACCAGAGUCCGACGAGCGAUGGAACUUGCAUGUCCUGACGGCGUCUACGGAUGGGCAUCUUGCCCUCUGGAAGGCGAAGGGUACUAUGCCGACGACACCUGGGCUAUCCGCACCGGCCGAGCACGAGCUGGUCGAGGCGCAGCGGUUGCACCAGAGCGGCAUCAAGGCCAUCGACCUGAGGGCACUCCCCCACAAUGCGACGUCCUCCCCGCCCUCCUACGCCGUGUUUACCGGCGGCGACGACAACGCCAUCGGGCACGUCCGCCUGGACCGGGCGGCAGGUGGGGACUUCAGGAUCACGUCGCGGUCCCUGGUAAGCGGCGCGCACGCCGCCGCCAUCACAGGCCUCUGCAUCGCCGGGGUGGAGGCCGCCGGGCCCGUGGGCUCGUGCCGGGUGAGGCUGUGCACCGCCAGCAACGACCAGAGGGUCAGGUCCUGGGUGGCGGCGGUCGGGGACGGGGGCGCCAUGGGACGGAUGUUGCUGGUGGGCGACGGCUACAGCGCCGUGGCCGACUGUGGGGACCUUGAGCAGCUUGGUGAAGGGAGGGUUGUUGUCGCCGGGGUUGGCAUGGAGCUACGGACUGUGCAGAGUAAUAUUGGGAGAUAA